ACGCAACCGGAAGCCCCGCACUGCGGAGCUUGACUCUGGUCCCUCCCUCAGCAUCCCGCAUCAUCCGCUGCCUUCUCCCUCCUCACGGGACCCCUCGAAUUGACCCCGCAUCACAGACACACAAAGCCGGGAUCAUGGACGACGUCCCUCCGAUCGUCAACAUCUCCAUCUCCCUGCGGAUCCAGCCCAACGAGGGACCCGUGUUCUUCAAGGUGGACGGGACCCGGUUCGGCCAGACCAGGACCAUCAAACUGCUCACGGGCUCCAAAUACAAGAUCGAGGUGGUGUUGAAGCCCGGAAACGUCGAGGCCAUCAACAUGAACAUCGGAGGCAUCGUCUUCCCGCUGGAGCAGCAGUCCAGGGACGAGGAGUCGGUGGUCUACCACGCGCUGUACGACACCGAGGGCGUCCCGCACACCAAGAGCGGAGACCGGCAACCCGUCCAAGUCGGCAUGGAGUUCAGCAAAGCGGGCACGUUCGAGACGCUCUGGCAGGCGAAAUACUACAACUACUACAAGCGUGAGCACUGCCAGUUCGGCAACAAAUUCAGCAGCAUCGAGUACGAGUGCAAGCCCAACGAGACGCGGACCCUCAUGUGGAUCAACAAGGAGGCGUUCAACUGAGCCGGCUCGCCCCUCCACCGGUCCACCCAAGCAGAGGACAUCAGUUGCACCAGGACUUUGAAACAUCAGCACCCCCCCCCCCCCCCCCCAAAAAAAAAAAACAUCUUAAAGGUGUGCAUCAAGUAAGAAAAGGGUCAAGUGUUUGUGUUGUUGGAGCAGAGGGACACUGGUCUUUGUAAAGGUUGUUUUUGUUUUCUUUGCUGCUUUCAGCAAUUGGUGCUUCACGCGCCAGCGCUCGCCAAUAGUUUAGAUAAUAUUCAGAAGCCGUGAACAACGACGUGUUGCGUAUUGCUCAUGUUUGCCAGCGAGGCCGAAUUCAAGAUGUUUUUAUAUUUAAAAAAAAAAGGGGAGAUGAAGGCACAGAACGUAGGAAAAGAUCUAAAGGCUUAAAAAAGUGCAUUUUCCUCUUAAAAAAAAGAAGCGCUCGUGUAUCCGUUUAAAACAACAACAAAGCUCCCGUCCCUCACCGCGUGGGUUUGACUUCCUUUCAGGAAAGUUGCGUAAAGCAGGAGGACUAAAGGAACAAUCGGACAUUUUCUUUUUUGGAGAUACUGUUUGCGGGGUCAUCUUCCUCUCAGUCGCACGAGAAGAUUUAUACACAUUUCAUCUCCAGAGGAUUCAUUUAACCUCGUAACGCGUCCAAUUGUUUUACUUCCCAGUUCAGAUCUAAUGCAGCAUUGGUCCCAUUGGAUGCAGCCUAAAUCAGCAUAUUCAUACGCGGGGGAAAUCUACAUUUAAAGCCACGUGACGUACAUUUAGACAUUUUGACUUUCUCCCUUUUCGUUAGGGCCAAUCAAAAGAGAGAGAGAUAGAAAAAAAAAGCUUUACAACUAAUGCAAAUCUGUCAGAUUUUGCUUGCUAACACGCUAGUUAGCAUCUUGUUGACAGUACGGACGGCGCUUCACGAUGACGUCGGGACUUUUGCUGUGAUUGGUCACCGCUACCAGCAAUGUCUCCUGUUUCUGCUCCGGUUCAAUAAACAUGAUGCAGCAUGUUGUCGUUUUACUUCUGAUGGAGCUACGCUAGCAGUGCCUCGUGCUAAGCUAGGCUAAACACAGGGCUUAUCUUUUACGGACGCGCACCCAAAUUAUACAUGGAUCUUCUCAUCUUACUCUGGGAGGAGAGAUUAAACGAGUGUUUUACCACAAAAAAUGUUCUGCCGGUUCCUUUAACAAAAUGUUACCCCCGGAUAUAGUUAAAUGUAUCGCAGCACAAGUUGUGAGGAGCCGAGCGCACCAGCUUAGCAGGGUGUCAGCUGAAGACCAGGAUGGAGGACACCUAUGGGUGGAGGGAGAAUUUCAUCUUAUUUAUAAAACUGUGUGGAUGUGUCUGUGAGAGAGAGGAGACGACGUGUGAAAGUGUGUAUAUCGUGAUAGGUUUGUGUAUUGUGUUGUUGGAGGAAUCCACCCGAUACACAUAAACACGGUUUCCCAGCAGAAAAUAUUUAAACGAGGCAAAAAUGUGCAAACGUUCUGAUUCUGAUAUCAAUCCACCAGAAAUGAAAGUUCGAGAGCUGCCAUUUAAAAAACAACAAAAAGCAAACAAAAAAAACCAUUUCUGUUGGAAUGAACCAAACUUCUAUGAGAUCUAACAACCAAUCAGAUUCAACAAAUCCUACGAAAAAUACCAAAACCAACAGGGUCUGUCUCACGACUCUCUGACUUCCUGUCUGUGGCUGCGAGCCCAUUGGUUCCCAUGAAGUUGUAAAUCUUUAAAAACACAAGUAUAUAGUUGUGUGUGUGUGUGAAAAAAAAGGGUUAUAUAAUGCCCUAAAACUGUUUUUUAAUCAAACAAAUAGGAGAAUAUGUUGCAUUUGUUGGGGACUAUUUUCAGCGGCGGAUUAAUCCACAUGUGGUGCUCUUGAGUGUUUGUGGCAGCAGGACGGUGUGUGUGUUUGUGAUUGAGUUAAAAUAAAGUAGAGUGUGUGUUCAUUGGGAUGAAGGAACAUGUCAUCCAGUCCAACGCCGAGCAGAAACAUCCACGGUUGGUUUUGGUCUUUUUUUAAAUCAUUUGUUGUCGUCCUUCUGCUGAAACGGGUCUUUUAUUUGGAGGUGCAAGUGCCUCACUUUGUGUUUUAAUUUGUGCCGCCACAAUUAUUAUUUAUUUAUUUUGCUCUGUUUUCUCCUGAAGUGCAUGGUUGUAUUUAUUUUUGCCAAAUAUGAUCUGUUUGUUUGUUUUGUCGAGAUCUCUCAACGCAUAAAGCUCGCUGUUUUGUUAUGUGCAAAGUGUAUUUGUCAAUAAAACAAUAUACUGAACCAA